AUGCAAAGCUGCGAGGACCUGUUCGCAGGUCCUACUGCCGUUUCAGCGGCUCCAGAUGACCCUAAGCCAAACGGGGAGGAAUCGGAUCAGGAUACCAGCGAUUGCGCAAACGUGCCAGAGUUUUCCAUGGACGAGUUCAAGCAGCAACCGGACGUUUCGCUCGUGUACACUGGUGCCGCCGCGUUUCCACCAACAAGCAUGUUUCGCACUGUUGGACUUGUUCGCUUCGUCCGAGUCUUUGGCGUGCCGAUCGUUGCUUCCGGCUCUAUCGGCGAUUCUGCGCUCUCUCAUGUGGCAAGCAUUUUCGCUGACUUCCUCGACAAUGACAGGGACGGUGAACCCGAUAACGAAGAGGUCGUGAAGUCGAUGCGAUCUUAUAUUGUUGUGCUUGGGUUCACGAAAGAUUCUGAAGAGUCGACUGAAAUCUGGUCAAAGCGUCUAGAACAGGAGCAAGCCAGACCGUUUCGCGACCAGUACAAUUGCAAUCUGCGUUUCUUCGAGUUGUGGAGGUCAGACAUUAAUCCCAAGUGGCACGUCAAGAGACGCGAAUAUUUGGCAAAUCUCAAAGAUCAAGAUUUCGCGCCGUCUUCAGAUUCCUCGAAACGGCGCAAACAGUGUGAGGACUUUCGCUCGGAAUCAUUCGACUGGCCCGUGUGGUACUUCCCAUUUACUAUAUCCUACUAUGGAUUCCUCGAUCUGCUGGAAGAAAGUCAGCUUAAGGCCCUGGAAGGUGCAAUGAAGAAAGCGAAAGAACUGCGGAAGUUUGACAGCAACUAUGGCGACGAUCCAGAAAUGGAGAAAGGCGACUUCUUCGCCUGGUCUGUGCUAACGCGAAUCGGCGGAACGCAGUGCCACUGCGAUGCCAGCGAUGUCGGAGCCACAUGGAAAGUUUGUACUCCUGAGGAAUUUGCGUCGCUUUUCGACGAAUGGAACGAAAUUCUUGACGGACUCAAAGGCAUUCCGCAAAAUAUCUACGAAGACAUGUAUUCCACCCCGGCUCUCGCGGGGGCAUGA